AACGUGAAUGUAUCAUGGGCCUUUUAAGCUUUUAACAGCUACUUAUAUCUCUGAGGUCUCUCUUUCGUUUCAAGUAAGCAAAAGAAAGAAAAAACAUUUUUAAAAAAAAACUCUCUUUUGGCACGCUUACUGGCCUCGAUUUGUGUAAAAAAGGUGGUGACAUAGGUGUUUGCAGUUGCAGUAGAACCUAAGAUUUGUGCCCAGAUAGAAAAAAAAAGAGCAACAUAGUCAUUUCCUUUGACCAAGAUGAAGUUUAUGAAACUUGGAUCUAAGCCAGAUUCUUUUCAGAGUGAAGGGGAUAAUAUCAGGUAUGUGGCAGCUGAGUUGGCAACUGACAUAGUUAUUAAUGUUGGAAAUGUCAAAUUUCAUCUCCAUAAGUUUCCUCUUUUGUCAAAAAGUGCACGCUUCCAAAAGCUGAUUACAAACACUAAUGAAGAGAACAUUGAUGAAGUCCACAUCCAUGACAUUCCUGGUGGACCUGCUGCUUUUGAAAUAUGUGCCAAGUUCUGUUAUGGUAUGACAGUCACUCUUAAUGCAUACAAUGUUGUUGCAGCUCGCUGUGCAGCAGAAUAUCUUGAGAUGUAUGAAACUGUUGAGAAAGGCAAUCUUAUCUACAAGAUUGAAGUCUUCCUCAACUCCAGCAUUUUCAGGAGUUGGAAAGACUCGAUUAUUGUUCUUCAAACUACCAAGUCUCUUCUUAAAUGGUCUGAGGAACUUAAGGUAGUGAGCCAUGGCAUUGACUCCAUAGCUACCAAGGCUUCACUUGAUACAUUAAAGGUGGAGUGGUCAUACACCUAUAACAGGAAAAAGCUACCAUCUGAAAAUAGUAAUGAUCCUCACUUCAGUAGUGUGAGGAAACAACAAUUGGUUCCAAAGGACUGGUGGGUGGAGGACCUUUGUGAGCUCCAACUUGAUCUUUAUGAACGAGUUAUAACAACAAUUAUAGCAAAAGGCAAUGUUUCUGGUGCUGUAAUUGGAGAAGCUCUAAAUGCUUAUGCAUCAAGAAGGAUGCCUGGCUUCAACAAGGGUGAGAUCCAAGGAGGAGAUAUUAUAAAGGAUAGAUUACUGUUGGAGACCAUAAUCCGAAUAUUACCUGUGGACAUGGGCAGUGCCUCUUUCAGUUUCUUGGUGAAGUUAUUAAGGGUAGCUAUUCAGUUGGAAUGUGAGGAGUUGGAGAGAUCUGAACUGAUUAGGAGAAUAGGCAUGUGCCUUGAGGAGGCUAAAGUGUCUGAUUUAUUAAUUCGUGCCCCAGUUGGUGACACAAUUUUUUAUGUUGAUAUUGUGCAAAGGCUAGUGGAAGAGUUUGUAGCAUGUGGUCAACAGGUUCAGACGGACUCUCUGUUGGAAGAUGAAUUUCAGGAGAUCAGAAGCCCCGGGAUGGUAUCAGACCCUUCUAAGGCUAAGGUGGCAAAACUGGUGGAUGGCUACCUUGCUGAGAUUGCACGUGAUCCAAAUUUACCUCUUGCAAAAUUUGUUAAUCUUGCUGAAUUAGUAUCAAGCUUUACAAGAGCAUCUCAUGAUGGCCUUUAUCGUGCCAUUGACAUGUAUUUAAAGGAGCAUCCUGGAAUCAGCAAGAGCGAAAGGAAAAAAAUAUGUAGGUUGAUGAACUGCAGGAACUUAUCUGCAGAGGCUUGCAUGCAUGCUGUGCAGAAUGAGCGGCUUCCCAUGCGUGUUGUUGUGCAGGUUCUCUUCUUUGAACAGCUGAGAGCUACAACAUCUUCAGGAGACAACAGCACACCAGAUCAUCCUGGGUCUCUCAGGGCCUUUCUUCCUGGUGGAUCUCAUGGGAGCUCAAUGUCUACUAUAACAAACACAGAAGAGGAAUGGGAUGCUGUGGGAACAAUGGAAGACAUAAAAUCUCUGAAAGGGGAAGUUGAUGCACUAAAAUUAUCCGGUGGAACCGGCAGAGCCAGCGGCAGAAAAGACAAUAACGGUGAUAAAGGCAAUGCCGACAAUGUUGCUGCCAGUAAAAUGAAAGGCUUCAUAUCAAAGAAGAUACUCUCUAAAAUUUGGUCUAGCAAAGAAAAAAGUGGUGAUCUAAGUAGCUCUGAUACUUCAGAGAGCCCUGCUUCUACUGUUGUAGAGGAAACAAAAUCUACCCCAUCUAGAAGUAGGAGGCAUUCAGUAUCUUAGACCAUGUUAUGCAGACUUUAGAGCUCCAUUCAGUUACUGUAUAAUCAUCUCACUAAAGUAGCAUCAGGAGUCAGAGGACACUGACAUCAUAUUCCAGCUGAUACUUCAAUGAGUUCUAUGUAACUGAGCAAAUGUUGGCACGUGGGCUAAAAAUGAAGCACCAAAAGUAAUAUUUUAACUGUGGCUAUAUCAUACUCCUAGGGUUGCAAUCAGCCAUUACUGAUCUUUAGGUUAGAUGGCUCUUGUGAGACCCAGUUUUGAUUAUUGGAAACUGGCUUAUGAAUGCCAGCAUUUGUAACCUUAAGUUUUAAAGGGAAAAAGGACUUAGAGGAUAUCUAGAACCAAUUGCUUAAGGAGUAAGGAGGGUGCAGAGUUUGAAAGGCUUGUGUUGGGAAUAUUACUUAGCAUUUUGAUCCGUCAUUAAUGUUCAUUUGAGCAGUGGUAUGGGCUGCAAAACCUAUUGGACUUCAAAUUUACCAUUCUUGAAACCCAGAUACGGAUGGCAGCAGGACAGGUCGGGGUGGGUUUGUCUAUCUCCAUCCUAAUCUCCAUCCUCACAAAAGGCACGGUGGGUUGGGUUUGGCUUUAUAAAAGACGGGGUGAAAAAUGGAACCUAACUCCAUCCUCAUCUAGUUUUAUAGGAUUUGGAGAAACUCCUAGGAAAUCCAUUUCACAUUUUUAAAAAAAUAAAAUUUAUUCAUAUACUUUAAAUAAA